AGACCCUGGACACAUGAGAAAACACUGAAAAAAGUCCUUUCUGCCAAAGCUAAUGGCCUCCAAAGUGCUAUUAUUGUACGCGACCUAAUCCCCAGCGUGUGCUGGGUCUGUGCAGAUAGAGCGGCUUGGAGCGCUGCUUGUUCAGGGUGUGUUUGAAAAGCGAUGCAUUGACACCUGUGAACAAACAGCACAGAUUUCAUACAUUUGUCUGAACUGUGAGCAUCUCUCUUCCAAACAUGGGAUAGAGUCACGUGACCUCCUGCAGCCCCGCGAUGGAUGAACAGGAGAGCAAGAAGUGCCAAGGAGAGAAGCUCGUCCCUGCUGCUGUGGAUGACACCCUGGAUGAAUAUUUAAUCGAGCUCCAGUACAAAAACAGAAUCCUAAAGCGCCUUAAAGUGAAAGAUCCCAAACAGGUGGAGCUGGAGCGGCUGGAGCAGGGUUUCUCAAUCUAUCUCAACGGCGCCAACGCUGAAGCCAGCAGGAGGCGGCCCGAGGGCCCCGGCAAUAAGCCUGCCAGCUGUGCACCUGCGUGGAGACCUGCGCACACGGCAGAUGUCUGUAGAAGCGCCCACCAGCUAACUGAAGACCGCGGUAAUCCGGAGCGAGCCCCGAAGAAGAGGAGCCACACGGCCCCCGGGAAGGUCCAGAGGAGGGAAUGGGUGAAGGAAUCUGUUAAAAUUCGAACAAAGGAUGGAGCAAGUUUGCGGAUAUCUCCACAAACGUGCUACUCAGAAGAUUUUGAGCCCUAUGAGAGUGUAGACAUGGAGAGCUUUAGUCCACGCUCGCCCCGCAGCCCCUGGAGCCCGAGGGACCCCUGCAAGGCGUCCCGCUCCGCCAGCUCCAUGCCCGAGGGUCAGGGAGGUCAAGCGAGCCCGGAGCACAACGAGAAGGUCCUUCUCAACCUCGAGGAAGUGAAGGUUUUGCGGCAGAGCCUGGAGGUCAGCAUGCGCCGGAGCAGCCGCGACUCCGCAGGGGAGGAGUCGGACGAGGAGUGGAUCGAGGAGCAGAUCGAGAGGGACGAGAGCACGGAGAGCCUGGACGAGCUGGGGCUGCCCCUCACCUCCUCCAAGUCCUCCUCCUGCCCCCGGCCCAGCGACGCUCACAGCCACUUCAGCUCGGCAAACCUCAUCGUCCUGGACUUCGGACCUUCGCCCAAAGGUCACAAGCUUGAACGUUCUCUGUCUGCCAAAAGGAGAGAAAGUGUCGACCCCUUCAUUCCCACCAAGCCCGUCCUCGUGAAAAGCAAAACAUUAGAUCGGCCUCCGUCAAAAGACACCUGGGAUGUUCAGAGGUCAGCGAGUCGGGUGGAAAGACCCCUGUCAGCAGUCAGAAAGGCGUCGGUUGACGAGCGGGACUCGGAGGAGGUGGCGUGCCGAGUGCGACAGGCCAUCCAGAGGGAGAACGAGCCCGUGCAGAGCUCCGAGCGCGUCAGUCACAGCACGGCGAGAGGAGGCCAGAUGAUGAAUGGCUUCGUGCCCCACGGCCCCCACGACAGGGACGAGAACAACGUCACUCUGGCCAUGCAGAGAAUUACGCUCAUGGGCCCCAGGCAACAGCAGAAGCUGCUGAAGGCUCUGGAGGAGCUGGAGGCCGGACCCAGCCACAGCAUUCCUCAGAGCGUCAAACCCGAGUCCAGCAAGCCGCCGAGAAGACAGUCCUCGGCCGAGGUCCCCCCGGCGCUGUACGUCACCAUGGAGAUCCUGUCGAACUGGGGGAAUGCGCUGCAGGUGGGGCUGACCGAGCUGCAGUUUUUCUGCCCCAGAAACAAGAAGCUGUACGUGUCGCCUCACGACCUGGACAUCAGGAACGCCUACUACCCAGGAAACCUGGGGGCGCUCGUCAACGGAAAGGUCAAGACCACCAAAGAGCGUCACAUGUGGACGUGUCCGUUCCAUCCUCCCAUCCAGCUGUACUUCAUCAUCAGGAACACGGAGCACUCGCCGGACUUUGGAAUAUCUUCCAUCAGAAUCUGGAACUACAACAGGAGCCUCACUGAGCUUGACAUCGGCGCUCGCCAUAUAAAGCUGUACCUGAACAGCACGCUGGUGUUCGAGGGCGAGCUGGAGAAGGGAUGCGGGAACCAGGUGUUUGACUACGGCACGACGAUCGACCUCCAGGACUUCCAGGCCUCGGACUCGGUGUUUUCCAGCCCCGUGGCGUCGGGGCACCACCUGCGCGGCGUCAGCCCCCACCGCUAUGAGGACAGGAAGGCCGCAGAGAGCAGCGGCGCCCAGCGAUACCCGAGCGCAGCGCCGGACGCGGCGGGCCAGGCCAUGGUAGACAUGCAGGAGAAGUCUCUGGUGCCGCUGCCGCCAAUCGCUCCCUCGGCGGCCGCUUCCCCCUCCGCCCGCCGCUCCUCCACCCAGAGGAGCUCCUUCGACCUGUCGGCCUCGGAGGAGCCUCACGCCCUCAGGCCGCCGGCGGACCACGCGGCGCCGGCGGAGCAGACGGUCACCACCCAGCCGUCCUCCUCCCGGGUGGCCCCCCAGUGGCUGCAGCCGCUAAGCCGAGCGGCGCCGGAGGGCUGCGAGACCAGCCGGGAGAAGCCCAGGUGGCUGGUGCCCCAGCUCUCCGCGGACCACAAGCCCCCGGCGGCCGCGCCGUCCUCCAUGCUGCCGGAGCUGCCGUGCAACCCGGGCCGGGUGUGCCGGGGCGGAGAGCGGACCCUGAACGGGUCGCAGUGGAAGGGAGACUCCCUGGACCUGAGCUGCGACCUGCUGGAGGAGCUCGGGGAGCCCAAGGCGGACCGGCCCAUCAGCGGACGCAGGAGCUCGUUCAGGAGCUCCACAGCCGUCAGCCGGCAGGCGGAGGAUUCCCUCAAAGCUGCGCCGCUGCCCAGUACCGAGGAGCCGGUGUCUCUGGUGAGCUUCGGCCGGCGGCAGUGCAGCGCCCGGGCCCAGCUGCACAGCCAGCAGGACGACACCCUCAUGGAGUCCUGGGACUCGCUCACCAAGUUCAACCAGUGCCAGCGCGGACGCAUCUCCAACAUGGGCUUCGAGGGCGACGUGUUCGACGAGUUCCUGCAGCGGCAGGGCCGCGGCGCGCCGGCGGUCCAGGUCAACCCGUCCUCGGCGCCCCGCAGCCCGCUGUCCUCCCUCACCGCCCAGGCGGCGCUCUGGGAGGCCGCGGACGACGACCCGUCGCUGGAGCGGGAGGACGAGUUCGAGAUCCCGGUGCUGCCGCAGGGCCAGCGGCUGGUGAUCAGCAUCCUGUCCACGUGGGGCGACCGCCACUACGUGGGCCUCAACGGCCUGGAGGUCUUCAGCUCCAGCGGCGAGCCCCUCCGGCCGGCCCACAUCCGCGCCGACCCCCCGGACAUCAACAUCCUCCCGGCGUACGGCAAGGACCCGCGCGUGGUGACCAACCUGAUCGACGGCGUCAACCGCACUCAGGACGACAUGCACCUGUGGCUGGCGCCGUUCACCCCCGGGCGCAGCCACACCAUCUUCCUGGACUUCGGGGCUCCUCACCAGGUCGCCAUGAUCCGCGUCUGGAACUACAACAAGUCGCGCAUCCACUCGUUCAGAGGCGUGAAGGAGGUGGAGAUGCUGCUGGACGAAAAGUGCAUCUUCAGGGGGGAGAUCGCCAAGGCGUCCGGGACCCUGACCGGCGGUCUGGACCAGUUUGGAGACACCAUCCUGUUCACGACGGACGACGACAUCCUGGAGGCCAUGUCCCGGUACGACGAAACCUUCCUCAGCGAAGGCGACGGCCCCGAGACGUCGGUGUACGAGGAGGAGCUGCAGCGACCGCGGACCGCCGACGGGGAGGGGGAGGAGCGACCUUUCACCCAGGCUGGUUUCAGAGAGGAAGACCUCGCUCUUAAACUUCAACUGAACCCCACCUUGAGCCAGUCUGAGGAGAGUCUAGAACACACUCCUGGGAUGUACACUGGAAAGUGCCUUCGACUGGAGCUGGUGCUGACUUGGGGGGAUUCUUACUACAUGGGGCUGACGGGACUGGAGGUGGUGGGUAAAGAUGGAGACGGCUUACCUCUAGACCUCAGCAUGAUGGCCGCCUCGCCCAGGGACCUGAACGACCUCCCAGAGUACGGACGUGACCCUCGCACUCUGGAUAAGCUGAUUGAUGGCCACAACAUCACCACUGAUGACCAGCACAUGUGGAUGAUCCCUUUCUCCUAUGGAGAGCCCCACACUCUGAAUAUCACCUUCAGCAAGGCACAAACCAUCGCCGGACUCCGGAUCUGGAACUACAACAAAUCUCCCGAAGACUCCUACCGAGGGGUGAAAAUGGUCUAUUUGUACGUGGAUGACGUCCCCAUCUCGCCACCCGAGGGGUUCCUGGUCAGGAAAGGGCCCGGGCACUGCCACUUUGACUUUGCACAGGAGAUCCUGUUUGUUGACUUCCUCCAGAAGCCUUCUGACGGCAAGAGCACCGAGGAUUUCCACAGGAGAAACUCCAAGAAACAGGAACAGGCCAGCAUGGACUACGAAGCUCCCAUCAUGCCCUGCGGCUUCAUCUUCCAGCUGCAGCUGUUAACGACCUGGGGAGAUCCGUAUUACAUCGGCCUCAACGGCCUCGAGUUCUACAACCAGAACCACGAGAAGAUCAGCCUGAGUGACAACAACAUCGCAGCGUUCCCAGACAGCGUGAACGUUCUGGACAAUGUGAGCGGCGACGUGAGGACGCCGGAUAAAUUAAUAGACGGCGUCAACAGCACCCAGGACGGGAGACACAUGUGGCUCGCCCCCGUGCUACCUGGACUGGUGAACCGUGUGUACGUCAUCUUCGAUCAGCCAGUGACUGUGUCCAUGAUCAAGCUGUGGAAUUACUCCAAAACCCCCCAGAGAGGAGUGAAAGAGUUUGGGCUGCUGGUGGACGACCUCCUCGUGUAUAACGGCACCCUGGGCUGCGUGGGCCACGUGACCCGAGGCAUCCUGCCGACCUGCGACCCCGUGGUGCCCUACCACACCAUCCUGUUCACGGACAACGUGUACGUGGCGCACCGCGAGAGGAACACCGUCAUCAGCCCACGUGGCCGCAGACCCCUCCACCAUAACUACGUGGAGGAUCAGGACGUGAAGAUGACCAAUGAGAACCAGAUCGUCCAUCACAGCAACAAGAAGCAGACGGCCGACCCAGCUCUCCGGCCGAAAACCUGCAUGACGGACGGAGGGAAGCACGGGAAGAGGAGGUACUGACAGCCAUGGACGCCAUAUCCUUAAAAAAGGAGCAGAACUGAAGAGGUGGACCUCAAACUGACUGUUUCCAGUCACUGUUUUCGGCGGGGGUGGGGGUUCUAAUGUAAAAGCCUCCCUCACGUCCCAGCGGACCGAGCUCCCACACCGAGACGCACAGGGUUCCACGCUACGGGUGGAUGAUUUCCUCCCCUUUGCCAUUCACACACAGACAAACCGAACAGCGCCGUCCCUCCAGCCGAUCCUCUCUCAGCCCGACUAUCGUGCCUCGCUCUACUCGCCAUGUCUGGCUGGCUGUCAUUUCUGUGCUGCGGACUUCAUGCUGAUUGUGGCGUGUAAAUACUGCUGGGGGAACGGCCACACACUCACACACACUCACACACACACACACGUUUAUCUUUGUUUUUUUAAAUUCACCGAUGAGCCUGGACUCUCGGCUCCUGGCCUGUUGGACGUGAGAGCUCACACUCCGUCCUGCACACACACACACACACACACACUCCGACUGUGACGCUAUGCAGCCAUCGAUUUCUAUAUGAUAAACACUGAUAUCUGUCGGCUAGUAUAUUUAAAAAGCCUGGUGUUCUCCGUGAGUCGCUUUCAAGGAGGUUUUCACCUCCACAAGGUUUAUAUUAAUGGAAAGUAAGAUAAUAGGAAAAAAAAAUCCGUUUUUGUAUAUUUCAGCUCCGCGGUGUACGAGUAUGUUAACAACCACAUUUAUUUGGCUUUAUUAAAUUAGGCUCGGCGUCAGGUAGAGGAAGCUGGUCUGCAGUCCAAGUGACCUUGAAGUUGCUUUGUACUUGAAGACUUCUGGAGUCGGCCAUCACUGGAGCCAAAAAACAAGCCGUUCGGCGGAAAGUUGUGACAAAUGUACACACAGCUCACAGGCAACUUAUGAUAUGCAACUAUUAUAAACUGACCUCAGUUUGAGAGGAGUGGUGUUUAGAGUAAAUAAAUAUGCUUCUUUCUGUACAUUAAACCUCGGUAAUCUGUGUUUUCUCUCAUUCAAUCUUCUCUGUAGUUGCAUGAGAAAGUCUCCUCAGCGCUGUUUUCUAGUUUACUGAAGAUAUUUUUUUUGUUUUUAGGAGUUUCUCUCGCUUCAUUCGGCCCUGAUGUACAGUAUUUCCCACUCCUACCGGGGGCUCACUGGAUACGAAAUGCAGUUUUAUGUAUUUAAUUUGGGCUUGUCCAGCAGCAAACCCCCCCCCCCCCGACACUACGUAACUCACUCCCGCUCUGCCGGAUGCCGGCUGCUAUUGUGUGUGUGCGCGUGCGUGUGU